AUGGCGCAAGAGUAUUCUAGUCGAGACAGCGACAACGGUGCCGACGACAUUCGCCCGGCAUUUCAUAUUGGUCAACAUGACUCGACCCGCGUUGAAACCCUCACCAAUCUGCAAUACGGCCAAGUCCUCAACACCGGUUUCCGCUUUGUCACCACACCUAUUACGAACACUCACUUCCACGAGCGCAUACUGAAGCUUGUCGACGACACUUUGUCCCAAGCUAAUGGCCAGCAAAAGCCCGGGUCACGCGUAGACCCCAUUGUGACGUCCUUGACUCCCGAGGACACUAACCUCUUCCCAGAAGUGUACACGAGUGGUUUCGUUGGUUAUGCUAGCCCUUGGCUUGAUCUGUGCUCUCCAGAUCACGUUAUUGCCAGCAUAUCAAGACAGGUGCUCAACCUCGAGGUCGAUUAUGCCAACUUCUGUGGUGUGCGCAGCAUCAUCAUCCCGGGCCCUCGGCAGGAUAGCAUACAGGCCGGCAAUGGCCGAGGUAUCGCUCAAUAUGCUAGAGCUAUACAAGAGGCUCUUUUGAUCGGCAGUCGUGUCCAUCUCAUUAUUCACUUGCCCAUGUACCGCGAACCUGGCCUAGAGGAAAAGGUUGCCCAACUAUCCAUUCUAAAGCAAUCCCAAGGAAAACCGCAACCCGCCGAGGACAUUGAUAUCUUUACUACUUGGGACUCGUGGCAUGUGAUACGCACAGCAUGCGAGUACGAUGCUAGACUUUUCGUCGCCCUGAGAGUACCUCGGGCGCUACCACCCAAGGAGUUACAGAUGAGAUGGUUCUCCGAGCCAAUCCAAUACUUAACAUACAGUCCUUCCACAUUCCAGACAAACAAGGCUGGCCAUCCCUCUCUCGGUCGGCCGCAUCAAGAGCUGAUCCAUACUUACAUGCGCCUCAAGCACGCCCCCUACUUCCUUCUAUGCGAUGUAGGGCCUGAGCUUUACGACGAUCCUGCAGCGGAACAUGGAAUGGAUACCUCAUCAGCAUCUGAAUUCCCGACUCUAUCGGAUGCAGCAACACAGUCCUCCAAGGGCGAGCGCAGGAUACAGGGACAUAACGAAUAUCUCGCGUACUUCCGCCACCUCGAGAGGCACCAAGAGCCAUACUCAGAGCUCGAGCUGAACACCCUGACUAACUUCCAAGACUGGCUGCAAUCCCCUCUACAGCCUCUCUCGGACAACCUGGAGAGCAUCACGUAUGAGGUCUUCGAGGGGGAUCCAGUCAAGUACAACCAAUACGAGCUGGCGAUUGAAGAAGCGCUGAGGGAAUGGUCCGAGCUCAAGAAACCCACGUCCUCCCCAGACGGCGUGGUAAUCGCAGUAGCAGGCUCCGGCCGUGGGCCGCUCGUGACGCGGGCCCUCCGUGCAAGCGAGACCACCGGCGUCCCAGUCAAAGUCUGGGCGGUCGAGAAGAACCCAAACGCAUACGUAUACCUGCUCCGGCAGAACAAAACAGUAUGGAACGGGCGUGUGACGGUAGUCAAGACAGACAUGCGAGCCUGGAAAGGCCCCUUGACCUCAUCGUCCUCGGCAGAAGCUACACACGGCAAAGUCGACAUCCUCGUCUCUGAGCUCCUGGGCUCCUUCGGCGACAACGAGCUGUCGCCUGAAUGUCUAGACGGCAUCCAGCACGUCCUCGCGCCGGACCACGGCAUCUCGAUCCCGAGCUCGUACACGGCGCACGUCAGCCCCAUCUCGACGCCGCGUCUCUACGCCGACAUCAAGAGCCGGUCCGAGCAAGGCGGUGCCGACGGCGCCAACGCCUUCGACACGCCAUGGGUCGUGCGCUUGUUCGCGCUCGACUUCGUCGCGGCCCGCGGCGUACCCGACCACGCGCGCUUCCAGCAGGCGUGGGAGUUCGCGCACCCGCUACCGCAGAGCACCAUGGACGCCGUCGCCGCGCGACGCUCCGGAGGCGUAGUGGGCGGAGGCGGAGGAAGUAUGGCGGGCGGCGUCGGCGCAAACGACCAUAACGCGCGCGAGUGCCACCUUACCUUCGUGUGUCGCUCGCGCGGUGUGAUCCACGGGCUUGCGGGGUACUUCGAGGCAGUGCUGUACGAAUCUCAGGUCGAGGAGGAGAAGGAUAACAACGGUGAUAGGCCUAUGGUGGAGCUGAGCACGUUGCCUGAGGCAAUCGAUCGUAAGAGCAAGGACAUGGUAUCUUGGUUUCCUAUCUUUUUCCCUUUGAAGGUGAGUUGGCAUUCUAUUUUCCCCUCCGCCCCCUCUCUUUCUACUUGUGACUGCUCUGCCCAACCCCUAUACUUCCCUUCUGACUCCGAACUCGAGGUCACGAUGUGGCGCCAGACGGACGACACCAAGGUAUGGUACGAGUGGAUGGUCGAGGCGUUCCGGUGGGUUUCGGAGACGGAGAGGGUCAAGGUCGCGGGGUCUGAUUUCUGCAGUAGUCGGAAGGUGGCGUGCUUGAUGUAA